AUGGCUUCUGCUCGCUCCCUGAUGCGGCUGGGGACUGGCCGUUCUCUGGCCUCGGCCACGAGGUCGUUCCGAUCCUGCCGUGCCUUCUCGUCGACCCCUCUGCCGUAUGUUGCGAAGGAGGCCACGGCGACAGAUGUCCCCAAUAUGCGCCAGGCUCCGCGUCCUCCCCAGGGACCGCUUCGCGCACCCGUCGUCAACCCGGCCGACAAGUAUCAGGAUAAGGCCGAUAGUCUGCAUCAGUACGGCCAGUAUGUCAUGUCGUGUCUGCCCAAGCACGUGCAGCAAUUUUCCGUGUGGAAGGAUGAAUUGAGUCUCUACAUUCCACCGUCCAGCGUGAUUCCCGUGAUGAGUUUCUUGAAGUACCACACGGCUGCCGAAUUCACCCAAAUCUCCGACAUCACGGCGGUUGACUAUCCCACCCGUGACCAGCGGUUCGAGGUUGUUUACAACCUGCUCAGUGUCCGCUACAACUCCCGGAUCCGCGUGAAGACCUACGCCGACGAAGCCAGCCCCGUGCCCAGUGUCACGGGCCUGUUCGAGGGGGCUUUGUGGUAUGAGCGUGAGGUGUAUGAUAUGUUUGGCGUUUUCUUCACGGGCCACCCGGAUCUGCGCCGUAUCAUGACGGAUUACGGGUUCGACGGUCACCCGUUGCGCAAGGACUUCCCGUUGACUGGAUACACGGAGCUGCGGUACGACGAGGAGAAGAAGCGGAUUGUUAUUGAGCCGCUCGAGCUGACACAGGCGUUCCGGAACUUCGAGGGAGGUACCGCGGCUUGGGAGCCGGUUGGUUUGGGCAAGGACAAGACUCCUGAUUCGUUCAAUCUCCCCACUCCAGAGCCCGAGGAGAAGGCGGAGGAAAAGAAAUAG